AUGUUGCUCACUGUGUUUCCUUUGUUUUUCUCUAUCAGUAUCAACAUUGUAUCUGCCGCACAUGCUGGCUUUUACGUCCAGUAUCCAUGGGCGUCUCGCCGUCCGUAUCCUGAGACCCGAUCUGGACUGGAAGAUUUCAAGACUUUCUGCGAAGGUGAUAUCAUACGCAACCCUCAGCAGUACCCCGCUCGAUCGCGGGGUUUUCUCUCAUUCUCUGGUCAUCCCGGGGACCUUGUCACUGCUCUCUAUACUACGAAAAGAGUACCAAAGAGGAGAGAUGAUUUCAUGCAAGUUAUCUUUCAGGAUGUGCCUAUCUGGCUCUCCGGGCAGUUAUGUGUGAAUGUUACGAUACCGUUUCAGACUAUUCUCAACGAGAUAGGAGUUAUGUAUCUUGAGGGGCGGGACCCAAAAACGGGAAACGUAAAAUACUCUUGCAUAGAUGUCCAGAUGAUGGAUAUAGAAGCUCUUCCUGAGGAGCAUCCAGCUAUGUGCGCGGCUAACAAUGAAACGCUUAUCCCAAUGCCUGAUGAGUUUUUACGAAUGUAG